AUGGCGGCAGCAGCGACGACCAUUUUGCCGCUGGAACUGGUGGAUAGGUGUAUAGGAUCCAAAAUAUGGGUUGUGAUGAAGAACGAGAGGGAAUUUACUGGCACUUUGAGAGGGUUUGACGACUAUGUCAACAUGGUUCUGAGCGAUGUCAAGGAGUACGAAGUCACGUCGAAUGGAGUCACAUCAACGGACCUUGGGGAGACUUUACUCAACGGGAACAACAUUGCCAUGCUCGUACCUGGGGGCAAGGGACCAGAGGCAUGA